CCUCAGAGGGUGCAGAGACAGUCAAACAGCAGGAGAGAGAAGGUGUGUGUGAAAGUGAGUGCUGGUGAGAGUGUGGACAUUAUACAGGGAGAAUUUCAUUUCUAUUUGAGAGAUUUUUUAUUUAUUGGAAAAAAACAACAUAUUAAUCCAGUAUUGGAGAAUUGCUGUAUAGUCUCCCCAGACAUCACGGUCUGCAAUGAAGAUGCUUCUCAUACUCCUUUUCAUCCAUGUAGCGGCUUCCAUUCCUGCUUAUAGGGCAAACUGUAAUCUCGAUAAAAUACAAAUUUCUGGAGGUAGUUACAGUGUAAAUGAAGAUGGUAAUGUCGUCACAUACAGCUGCCCCAGUGGAAUGUACCCCCACCCAGGACCCAUACGAGAGUGCCUGAGUUAUGGAUGGACAAAACAGAAUGCAAAGUUUGUCUGCAAAAACAUUCGCUGUCCCAGUCCUGCAAUGUUUGAGAAUGGAGUGUAUGACCCAAAAAAAAAAUUAUACAAUAUCGGAGAUGUUCUUCAAUUCGAGUGCUGGUCAGGAUUUGAAUUGAAAGGGUCAGUAAACCGUACUUGUCAAGUGAAUGGAAAAUGGAGUGGAAAAACAGCUAUCUGUGAGGACAAUGGUGGACACUGUCCUAACCCUGGAGUCCCGAUUGGCACCACUAAAACGGGAAUUACUUAUGGAGUGGAAAACAAAGUGUUUUACAAGUGUAAACCAGGAUUCGAUAUGUUUGGGUCAAGUGUGAGAGAAUGCACAGAGGACAAGUAUUGGUCUGGCACGGAACCUUCAUGCAGGGAGUGGUACACAUUUGACACACCAGAGGAAGUGGCCGAGAUGUUCUCUGCUACCCUGGCAGCUAAUAUUGAAGCGGCUGACCCAGAUAAAGAAGGGAAAGAUAUCAACAAACGAAAAGUUCGUAUAAAGAAGGGAGAUCCCAUGAAUAUAUUUAUUAUCCUGGAUGCAUCAAAAAGUGUUCAAGAAAAAGACUUUAAUACUGCCAAGCAGAGCAGCAUAACGUUCAUAGAGAAGGUUUCCAGCUUUGAUAUCGAUCCCCGAUACUCAAUUAUCUCUUAUGCUUCUGAGGCAAUCCCAGUUGUCCGUCUGUCUGAUGAAGAGAGUGUGGAAGCAGAUAAAGUGAUAGACAAACUGUAUGAGUUUAAGUAUGGAGCCCAUGGAGAUAUGAAGGGAACUAACACCAGAUCUGCCUUUCGUAGUCUAUAUGAGAUGUUGGUUUUGCAGGAGCUGAGAGAGAAAGCUCAAUUCAUGAAGAUCCGAAAUGUCAUUCUGCUCAUGACAGAUGGAAAGUAUAAUAUGGGUGGAGAUCCUAAUGUGGAGCUAGAGAAAAUCAAACUUUUCCUGGAAAUUGGAAAAUCACGGGAAGACUUUCUGGAUGUGUAUGUCUUUGGUUUGGGGGACGGUACCGAUAACAACGAGUUGAACGUUCUUGCAUCAAAGAAGCCUAAUGAACAGCACACGUUUCGCCUGCAGAAUAUAGACCACAUGAAGAAGGCGUUUGACAGCAUAAUAGAUGAGACAGACGCUAUGGAUAUGUGCGGACUCAACAAAGAGAUUAUAGAUGCCGUUUUUAAUGAUACAAAUACUGAUGAAAAUAAGAAGAAAACUCUUGUCAAUGAGAAGUUCCCUUGGAUUGCUAAAAUCACCAUAACUCGUCCUGGGUCUCAAGAAACUUGCAAAGGAUCAAUUUUGACCAAAAACUUUAUCCUGACGGCUGCGCACUGCUUCCAUUUUGAUGACGAAACAAAGCAUAUCAACGUGCAAGUUGGGACUGAAAGCCUGCCGGUCAAAAACCUUUACCGACAUCCUCAGUUUGACCAAAAUGCCAAGAAGGAUAAAAACAUAAACAGUACAUUUGACUAUGAUGUCGCACUUCUCGAACUAGGUCGGAAGAUUUCCUAUUCAUCAACAGCCAGACCCAUCUGCAUUCCCUGCACUAAAAGCUCAUCGUGGGCCUUAAGGAUGAAGGGAGAACAUAUAACAUGCAAAGAUCAUGAGGACUUUUUAUUUAAGGAAGAGCAGAUCAAGUCACUAUUUAUAGCGGAGGAAGACAAGAAAUUAAUGGAGCAGAAGGAUGUGACAAUAAAGACAGGAAAUACGAGGUUGGCCUGCCUCCGAGCUACAGAACAAGUCAAGGAAUUCAAGGAUAUAGCUGACAUUCGUGACAUGGUGACUGAUCAGUUCCUCUGCACAGGGGGGACAGAUCCACAUGUGGAACCCCCAACAUGUAAAGGAGAUUCUGGUGGUCCCCUGAUCAUUGAAUAUAAAAAACGAUACAUUCAGGUAGGAAUUAUAAGCUGGGGAUCUGUGAACCAUUGUAAUGGCACCAAAAGGAAAACAACUCCUGUCCCAGAACUUUCCAGGGAUUUCCAUAUCAGCAUUUUGUCCAUGCUGCCCUGGAUAGAGAACACUGUGACAGAAGAACUUACCUACCUUCCCAAAUGAACACCAUGAUCUUGGGUGAUCUUGGACACAGCCGGGUGACUCUGUGAUGGAAGGAAUGAAAAUGGAGCCAUGUACUUUCUUUUUAUAAAACAGCUUCCAAAAAAAAAAUCUAUAUUUUGUGCUUAUGACAUAUGUAGUAACAAUUUAAUAGUCACUUACAGUUUUGCCAGUAAAAGGUAUGUGAGCUCAAUUGUAUAUAAAAUUAUAAUAAAAUAAUUGGUUAUAAAUAAA